AAAAAGUCAAGCGCUUUCGCUGUGAGUACACCACAGUGCUGCCUCUGUAGAGCCAUCGAGACGGGUUUCAGAAAGACUCUCGACAACAAGCGCCUCAUGCAAGGACUGUCAUGAGUCGUAGAUAUCAGUAUAGAUAUCCUAUUCGACGGGCUGACUGCUUCGAAAGACGAGGAGCUCGGUUCGGGCGUGGUAUAUACAUAGCCCUGUCGUCCUCGAAGGCAUUUCAGUAUGCGGAAAACGGCAGCUCAGGAUCUAAAUACGAAGCAGUCUUCACAACGAGAGAAGUCUUGGGAAACGCGCAGAAGGUGGUCUUUGACAAUUGGUAUAGGCUCCAGCCGGAUAAGGGAUACGAUUCCGUGGAGGCGCAUCCCCUUGUUGGGCCGACCGAAGUUGUUGUAUUCCACCACAACGCGGCACGUCCGGCGUACCUCAUCAUAGCGAAGUAAUGAAGACACCUAUAUUAUUUCAUUGUCAUACAUGUA